AUGUCCGAAUACCUACUCUACUCCAGUGUCCUUCCCGACCCCGAUGAGCACAAUAUCGUUGAAAUGGUUCGGCCCUCCGAGUACGAUGUCCUGCCAUUCUUCCAGGACAAGCUCUACGCCGAGAUGGUCCUGCUCAGGGACCAUGUCAGGCGCCACCUCGCGGCCGAGGAGGAGAACGGCUGGCUGAGCGAGCUGCGGGACGCCGACGACUUUGGGCUGGAGAUGCAAAAGCUCUCGUUUGUCGACUACAACACGGCCUGCAUGAUGGACAAGAUGCAGAAGAGCCUGUGGCUGCUCGACCUGCAUGCCCGCAAGCUGGGUGCCACCAUCGACGUCUGUGCGUACCACUCUGAAGAGCACGAGGACGACGUGUUUCCCUGCAUAUCGUUUAUCUGGUCUAGCCUCUUUCAGGCAAUAUCUGCAACCUGCAAAUGUCACGACGAGGAAGCCUUUCGCUUGGCAAAAGCCGUCCUCACCCUCACCACCUCCAUCGAAAUACUGGAGCGGGAACGGGAGGAGCAAGAACCAUCAAACUCGCUCAACGUGACAAGAUUCGGUAUCCUGCUGAUCCAUCUCAUGGCAAUGUGUGCCGACCUGAUUCGCUGGAGCAGAGACAUGCCCGCCGACAUGCCCCAGGUCCCGCGGUGGCUGUUCAACGACUUUGAGCGGAGGGUCUCGGACAGGGAGCAACGGGGACUGACAAACCUUGAGGCAACAGAAGGGAAUGUCGAGUGGGCCCUCCCCAUGCCGUUCCCUGCUGAGGAGCCUUUGGCAAGCUAUCCUCCCUCUGAGCAGCUGCAAUGGAGGCCAAUCGCGGGAGUAGGUGCAUUUUCGUCACGAUCGAUCUAG